AUGGUGAAUGCAACAUCUCUCUACAGUAACAAGACUCAAGUAUCCUAUGGCAAGAUAGAGAAUUUGAGAAUCACAUGUCUGACCUUGAUCUUAUCAACCUUCAGCUUGUACCUCUCAUCGGUUAUCGUUAUAUUAUGUGUGUUGUUCACCACCUCUCACAUUCGAGAGAAUGUCCGAUAUCUGCUCUUCUGUCACGUGCUCAUAUGUGACUCCUUUCACUUCACCCUGGCCUUCAUUCUUUUUAUAAUGGCUUUAUACCUCGUUUUUAUACCAUUAAAAUAUUGCUGCAUCAUAGGUGGAAUUGCAGCCACCACAAAUUUCAUUACUCCCUACAAUUUGGCCCUCAUGUCCUUGGAGCGCUACGUUGCUAUUUGCUUCCCAUUGAGACAUGAAAAGAUAUGCACAGUAUGGAGGUGUAAUAUAGCCAUCAUGUUGACUUGGGCCAUUGCAGCAUUCCCUGUACUCAUUGAGCUCCUUAUUUUGUGGUUCUUCACAGGCAACAGUUAUUUCUCUCGGCAGACAGUGUGUGUAUGGAAUUUUCUGCAAAUAUACAAGGUGCAAAGUACAAUCAGGUUCCUGAGUUUCUCCCUCAGUUUCAUCAUGGUGGGCCUCACUAUUAUCUACACCUAUAUCAGAGUUAUGUUAGUUGCUAAAAAGAUUGGGUCAUCAAAAUCUUCUGCCACCAAGGCGGCCAAAACAGUCCUGCUCCACGCGUUUCAACUCCUCUUAUGCCUGUGCUCGUACAGUAACACAUUCACAGAGACAAUCUUCCCAAAACAAUAUUUGAACAUCGCCGCCAUUAACUUCUUUCUGUUUAGCUGCUUGCCACAGUACAUCAGUCCCCUCAUUUAUGGGAUAAGAGAUGAAGUAAUCCGCCAACGCAUAAGAAAACUGUUCCGCUCGACUUAG